ACAGAUGAUUUUUCUUUUUAUUGAUUUUUCUUCAAAAGUGAAAUUUUCCGCGAUGAAUUUCUCCUAAAAAAAGAAGUAAUUUCAAAAAAGAAAUGCGUUAAAUUGUCGCGAGAGCUUAGAACUAUGGUAAUAAAUUUCUUCCAUCCGCGUUUGCAGCCAGUUAUCGAAUGCAGUACGUUAACAUCGGAAGGUUUCGAAAUAGGUAAUUUGAUAUCAGAAGACUUUGAAUCAUUUGAAAAAGGCUUCUUAGCAGAACGUUUCGUCUCCGGUCCAGUAAUAUUAACCAUUAAAUUCAUCUGCCCCGUAACACUGAAGAAAAUCGUGAUAUGGCCCAAAGUAGGCAGCCAACGAUCCAUCGGUUUCGAACUCACUUCUCUCAAACACUCCACCUGCAGCAACAAUAUCGUCACCGAAAACGAAGACAAUUAUCAGAAAUUUGCCACAGGUGUUUCUAAAGUAGAUGUAGACACUGUGAUAUUCCACAAAGAAGGAUAUACCUUCAACACUCGGAAAUUCGGUUCGUCAUUUUGUCGUACGUUUUUCCGUGGUAAAAAUCACGAAAACAUUACAUCGAUUCGGAUCAAAAUAUUCAAAUCGCAUUUCGUCGCUGCUCUGAAAAAACUAGAGAUUUGGGGCGAACCUAGCCAUUCGUGUGAUUGGAAAACGAAGAAACGCAUCAGAGGAUUAUGGUCGCAGAUAUGCAAACCUCGUGUUUUCGAUACUGACGCGUCGUCGUAUACGACAGAAGAAUCAUUAAAAGUUAACGAACGAUUACCGAAUUUAGACGGUAUUCCAAUUCCCGAAGAAUUCUACGAUCAGAUUACCCACGAAAUAAUUACUUUACCUAUUUUAUUACCUUCUGGUAAACAUAUCGAUCAACGUACGCUCGAAAGAUGUCAGAAGGAAGAAGAACGAUGGGGUCGUUUACCCAGCGAUCCAUUUACCGGAUUAGUAUUCACUGAAAAUAGUAAACCUGUAGUAGACGUGUAUUUGAAAUCUAAAAUAGAUGAAUUUCUGCUGAAAAAUUCGAAUCUAGAUCAAGUUAAAUUUAUGCCUAGAAGAUUGGGUUCGGAUCGUGAACUGAGUUCUCGACCUGGAUCUACUUCCGGUCAGUAUUGUGUUAGUAAAAUAAUUAAUAACGGAUUAGAAAAUAAAAGGGAACUGGAAUCCGAAGCUAGUUCGUCGAAGAAAAUUAAACUAGAUAAUGAAAUCAGCGAAUCUAGAAAAGAAUCCCAAAAUAAUGAACCUUACGAUCUGAAUAAAAUGUUGGCAGAUACGUUAUCGAAUUUACCUUCGUAUUUAAGCGCUCCGAAAUCUAAACAAGAGACUAUUUUGAAUUGUAUUCAAUGUUCUAUAUCCCAACAACUGUACAGAUUCCCUUGCGCACAUAUUUUAUGCAGAACUUGUACCAUUCAAAAACAAAACUACUGUUCUAGCUGUAAAAAAAGCUAUAAUUUUUCCCAAAUUCAAAAAAUUCAUCCUAAUAAGAAUUUGCGCCAAGUGCCCGUUGUUUGAUUCUUAAUGUGAUGUACGAUAAUAUUGUGAUAUGUGUAAUUAUUAUUUUUAAAUUGAACGUUUUUUUACGUCGUGUGUGUAUUUAUUUUUAAUAAAAUAUCUUCGUCAGUUUCA